UUGCUAUAGAGACCGAUACGUGUUUGCAGCUCAGGCAUCCACAGAUUUUCCAAACAAAAAGUAUGAGCCUGACAUGGUCAUGGACUCUGAAAUGCAGCUUGAGAUAGUUGGUCUUUUGAAAGAGCACAACUUUCAAAUCGCCCUAGGGACUGCAGAGGGUUUGAAACAGAAGUUUCCUGCGUCGUUCUCGGAUGUAAAGAUUCGUCCGUUGCAUGAGUGUGACUGGCACGAAUAUUUAACCAGUAAGAAAAAGGAACUGAAAGGUGAGGUGUGGGAAUACAAAGGCAAACUGAUGUGCUUUGUCAACUCUCAACUUCUCGGUGAUGAAAGAGACUUGUCAAGGUGGGCUGUGGAACAGUGGGGGUUCACCUUUCGGAGACCGCACGCACUGUACCUGGCUCUGACCGAAGACUACUACACCAGACACCUACGGAGCAGUGGGCACACAUUUGUAUUCAUGGAUAUUGAAAUCGAAGGAGAGCCGGUUGGAAGGUUAUUGUUUGAGCUCUUUUCAGAUCUGUGUCCGAAGACGUGCAAGAAUUUCCAGGCACUGUGUGCCGGAGAUGCGGGUCUGUCAGGGCGCAACAUCGCGCUGACCUACAAGGGAUCCGUAUUUCAUCGGGUCGUCCCCAAUGGCUGGAUUCAGGGUGGAGAUAUUUCACCUGGGGCAAGAGGAAAUGGUGGAGAAUCAAUUUAUGGACCAACAUUUGAAGAUGAAAGCUUUGCAGUGCCUCACAGUAAGAGAGGGAUCUUAGGAAUGGCCAAUCAGGGGACUCACACCAAUGGAUCCCAGUUCUACAUCACCCUGCAGCCUGCCCAUUGGAUGGACCGGAAAUAUGUGGCUUUUGGACAAGUGAUUGAAGGCACAGAAGUACUAAAGAAGCUGGAGGUUGUCCCCACCUACAACGAGAGGCCUGAGGACGAGUGUAAAGUCGCUGACUGUGGGGUAUUUCGGCCUUGAUGUUAAACUUAUUUUAAAAAGCUAUUUUUUGCUAUAGAAAGCCAAUUAAGCGCAAUUACACUCAACUGCAUUGCACCUUUUUUUUGUAUGAGAUCAAGGUAAUUACACAGUAACGCUGUUUUUUAUGGAUUACACCAAGAUGGUGUAAUCCAUACUGGAAGAAUGAUAAUAGUAAAGUAAUAGUGUUUUCAUGACUUAUGGUCUUUGGGGAAACACUAUGCAUGGAAGCCAUUACUCGGGAUUGAGAACUGACCGUGAACUUAAAUGAAUAAAAGUGGCAAAUAAUAAUCCUUUGAAAGCUUUGGGUGAAUAAACUGCAUAAGGUUUCAUGCUACACAGAGAUCAGAUUAUGGGAAACAAAGAGGAUUAUGUUAAUGCUAAGCUAUUUGUGUCACAAAUCUGGGGUAAAGGUUUCAAGUGGUGCCCAACGUUUGUCAGGGAAAAGGAUGUGCCAGGAAAUCAGUGACUUGGAAAAAUCUGUUCAUCUGAAAUUGAAAGUUGUACAACAGUGCAAUACGCCAUUGGGCAAGUGACUGGCAACCACAGCAGAAUACAAAAUACAACUGCAAGUAUGGAAUCUGCAGAUGAAAGUUUAUAAAGUAUGGUUAUUUUACUGAGUACCUGCUUAAAGUGUCUGAGAUAAAAAUGUGUUCUUUGUACAACAAGCGAUGUCUUGUUCUUUGUAUUUGUUUAAUUCAUAUUUUUCUCCCUUGUUCUGAAUACCCACUGGGUAUUCAGGCCCUACAUUGUUUUCCUAACACUGUAAUAUGAUAUCAUUGUGAAAAAACAAAGCAUGUGGUGCAAACAUUCAGUGUUAAAUUAAACUUUUUUUCUUUG